CUCGCCAGCGCGGGAGAAGGAGGACCGGGCCAGGCGCCGUCGAGCCCGGGCGCGGGCACAGCUAGUGAGGGGCGAGGCGCAGGGUCUCCAGGGCGGCCACGAUGGUGGCCACAUGCCUGCAGAUAGUGGGUUUCGUCACGAGCUUCGUGGGCUGGAUCGGCAUCAUCGUCACCACGUCCACCAAUGACUGGGUGGUGACCUGCGGCUACACUAUCCCCACCUGCCGCAAGCUGGACGAGCUCGGCUCCAAGGGGCUGUGGGCCGACUGCGUCCUGGCCACGGGGCUGUACCACUGCAAGCCCCUGGUGGACAUUCUCAUCCUGCCGGGCUACGUGCAGGCUUGCCGAGCCCUGAUGAUCGCUGCCUCAGUCCUGGGUCUGCCGGCCAUUCUCUUGCUGCUGACGGUUCUCCCCUUCAUCCGAAUGGGCCAGGAGCCUGGCGUGGCCAAGUACAGGCGGGCCCAGCUGGCUGGCGUCAUGCUCAUUCUGCUGGCUCUCUGUGCCAUGGUCGCCACCAUCUGGUUUCCUGUGUGCGCCCACCGUGAGACCACCAUCGUGAGCUUUGGCUACUCCCUGUACGCGGGCUGGAUCGGUGCUAUGCUGUGCCUUGUGGGUGGCUGUGUCAUCAUCUGCUGCGCCGGAGAUGCCCAGUCGUUUGGUGAAAACCGUUUCUACUACUCUUCGGGCUCCAGUUCCCCCACUCAUGCCAAGAGCGCCCAUGUAUAA